CUCAAGUGAAUGUCUUGAAUUAAUAUUAACAGUUUACAUCAUUCAAUCAUGUAAACAACAUUGUCUUAACAGCAUCCGCCCAAAUCUCUAGCGACUUCUCUAAAGCUCUAACAAACUAUUUCCCAAUAUCAAGUAAAUGGCGAAUACGGCUACGAGCCCCGGCGGAGAUGGCGGAGAAAGCGGCGGUUCGGUUAGGGAGCAGGACAGAUACCUACCAAUAGCGAAUAUAAGCAGGAUCAUGAAGAAGGCGUUGCCUCCCAACGGAAAGAUCGGGAAAGAUGCUAAAGAUACUGUCCAAGAAUGCGUCUCUGAGUUCAUCAGCUUCAUCACCAGCGAGGCAAGUGAUAAGUGCCAGAAAGAGAAAAGGAAAACAGUGAACGGUGAGGAUUUGUUGUGGGCAAUGUCAACAUUAGGAUUUGAGGAUUACUUGGAACCUUUAAAGGUAUACCUUACGAGGUACAGAGAGUUGGAGGGGGAUAAUAAGGGCUCAGGAAAGAGCGGGGACAGUAACAAUAGAGAUGCAGCUGGGGGUGUUUCCGGGGAAGAGUUGCCGGUAGUAUAGAGAAAACCUUUCUAGCUGGUGAGGCGAGAUGUUGCAAGUGAACUCUCUAGAGAUAAAGAACAACAUCAAAAUGAUCAAGUAAUUCCUCUGUCUAUCUACCACACCCGGCUUGUGUAUACCGAAUGAAGAGCAUAGUAAUCUGUAUGCAUCUAGGUUCUAUAUCCAACCGCUUUACAAUAAAACACUAUAAACUUACAUUUGUAUAACCAUAAGUCUUAAAGUAACUUUAGACUAACUUACCAAGGUAAAAUCUGCUGAUCAUGUUGAUUUUUGAUUGUUAUUAUUGUUUUAUAAAGUAUAGUUGUAGCUGGAAUCUUAUCCCACAAUACCUCAGCUUAAUCU